AUGAGUGAUCAACCAGUAUUCAUAGAUGUUUCCACUGGUAUUUAUGAUACAUUAGAUACGAAUAAUGAAAUAAAAAUUAAGGAAGAAGUUAAUUUUGCCAGCCCUAAACCUGAGAUUGACGACUUACUAACAGUCAAAAGUAAUAAAUUUAAAUGUCCAGAAUGUAACUAUUUAUCUAGAAAACAGGAAUUAGUAGACAGACAUAUACUAAAGGUGCAUAGAGGAGAAAAUCCAUUUCAGUGUUUCAUGUGUGAUUAUACAACAUCUAAUAAAGGAAAUUUUGCAGAACACAUCCGCAGACAUGAAGGCAAAAAGCCCUUUAAAUGCUCAUACUGUCCCCACAGAAAUGUCUCCAAGAAAAACCUAAAGAAACAUGAAUUAAUACAUCGUCCAGACAAUCCUUUGAAAUGUCCCCAUUGCGAUUACAUUUCCAAACAUCAAAGAGAAUUCGGAUCGCACACUAGAAAAUUCCAUUCCACGCAAAAUGGUGUUUUGACAUGUGUCAAAUGUCAGACAACGUUUGAUGACCAGGACAGCUUGACAGAUCACGUCAAGUCGCAACUGACAUGUGAGAAGUGUACAUUUGUGGCGUGCGAUGUUGGCAUUUUAGAAAAGCAUUUGGUUAAUCAUAGACAGAAGAGGAUUGAGAAAAAGAAAAGUUUAUGGACUUGUAGUAUCUGUAGUUGGUCAUCUUGCAAACAUCCUAAAAUAUUGUUGCAUCUUAUACAUCACCCUAAUCAAGAAGUGAAUGGUAUUGAUAUAAGUAUUUUGCAGAAACAUGGUAUUAUGUAA